AAGUUAUCUAAUACUUCUUUUCGCUGUUACUUCACGAAAGUUUUGGCCAUGAAAAGUUCGAUUAGCUACUACGAAAGUAGAUGAUGGAACGUUUCUGCUCGCUUUGUCAGGUGAAUGGUUUGAAACGACGGCUUAUUCUGUUUCAAUUGAACUUGAAGGAGGCGAUUUUGCUAUGUGAAGACAAGGAUGUAAGUGCAUUUCUUUGUGAUAUUUUGGCUGUCCUAUCUCGAGUGAAUUUCCUCGCUUAGGUACUUUCUGACUUAUUUGAAAGCUAAGGCGUGAUAGUAUGACUCUUUUACAGUGCGUUUACCCGCUUGGGGUUGCAAAGAAUGCCAACUUGAUUGUAAGUCGGAAAGCAACCGAGGUGACUUCGUUCUCAAACUUGAAGAGAAAACGUAAGAAGAGGCCAAAACAAAGUGAAUCAGAGGUAAGAUGCAGCAUUUUUCAUUUUCUUAAGUUUGAAGAAGAGGUAUUAAGUGGUGGUGUCUUUAGCAAGAUACCAACUUCAUCUUACAAGUAACAGCUGUGGUAAAUAACGUUUGGAAUUAUUAGCUUAGGCAUCAACGCGGUUCGCUGAAACUUGCUGCUGACAGUGCGCGUGUUCUGUAUGACUCUGCUUUGCUUAACUCUAAAGUUCUUACUCUUGUUUGGUGCACUUCUUGUUUUGUAGAUGUAAGUUUAAAUCUCGCAUCAUCCACGAUUUUCAAAGAUAUCCAUUACAACAUGAACCAUAUGUUAUUCUUGAUUCUUUAUUCAAAAAUUCAUUGUAUUUACCUGUGGAGAGUGCAGAUAAUUGGCUCUCUUGCAAAAUAAUUGUGACAGUGCAUUGCUGUGGGAAAAAGGCCAUUAUUUAAGUUUGUAUUCUGUCAUGUAGCUGUCCAAUUAAAAAAAAAAACAGAGAGGAAAAAUGAUUUUGUUAUCAGAAACUUCAGUAACAUCCCUUUCUCCAGAACACUGUAAGAGAUUUGGUUGAAUAUUUGUUCUUUACAAACCCAAUUAUGACAGUUGCAACCUUUACUAUCUCUAUUUUUUUGACAACAACAGCAAUACUCUCAUUUUUCAGGAACCAGAGAAUAUUUCCCCAGGAUCCAAGGCUGCAGAAAAGAUCUUGCAAUGGAGGAAUGUUGAUAGCCUUUGUUGGCUAAAUUCUCUAUUAUCUCUACUUGUAAACAAUGUCACUGUGACAACAUCUCUGAGAAAUCUUAUGCAAAAAUCAGACUCACUGGUAAGGACAUUGACAGAGUCAUUCAACCAGGCUCAAGAAUUAUCAUCAACAAGCAAAGAACAAGCUGAAGUGAUCUUAAAAGAAAUCAGAGGGAUGAUUUGGACACAUUUGCAGCCGAAGAUGAAGUGUCAACUUGGAGUUAAUGAUAGUCCUGUUGCAGCUCUACCAUUGCUGUUACAGGAAAAUGAUUUGGUGUCUGAGAGGUUUCUUCAAGUUUAUCACUGGGAAUUUAGGUGUUCUGCCUGUGGGUAUCAACAAAUUGACAAGUAAGAUAUAUGUAACUGUCUAGGUUUUAAUUGUACAUUGUCAUGUAAUUACAAGUUUUAACCAAAACUAAGUUUGAAUGGUAAACUGUUUCUCUGAGAACCACAAUGGUAAAUCAAUUGCUCUAGGAAUUUUAGACUCUUGGUUUAUUUUAAACAUAUGUUAAUGACAAGAAAGUAUGUGUAGCUGAGUUAAUUGCCUCUUUUUCAUGUUCUAUUAGCACAUGUUGAAUCAAGUACAUGGUAUUUCAUCUCUUAGCUUUUACUAAAUAUAUUUUCCAUUGGGGAAUGAAAUACCCAAAUCUCUCAGUUCUCAUCAUGGAUCUCUCUAAUUUUAAAUAUUUUUAUUUCAUUGUAGAAGGAAGAAGCAUUUAGUCACUUUUCCAAACCUAGCAAAGGACUUCAGCUUGCAAAAUCUGGGAUUUACAAGGCCAUGUUACAGAUGUAACGCUCUUGAUCAGGAGAGCAAACUUGUGUAUGACAGGUAUUGUGUAUUUUAUGUCUCUUUAGUGUGGGACUUCUAAGUCAAUUGUGUUUGUCACUAAACUGCUUUAUUUGCAUUCUUGUAAUGGGAUAAUUGUCGUCCAAGACUGAGUCAAAAGUAGGGAAGAAUUGAAUUGGAUUUCCCUCGUGCUGCAGUUUGUGAUUGGCUUAUGAAACACAACCAAUCAGAUGCAUAAACUAUAACCAACUGCCACUCAGUCUUUCAUGGAAUUACCUUAACCCUUAACUUUCCAACAUUAAUAUGCAUAUUCUUUGCACUGUCCUCCAUCCUUAGCUAGUAAUCUUUUCCCAUAUUUUUGUGACUAAAAUAUGUGUUUCAGGGUUGAUACAACUGUAAGGACUCCAUGUGAUCUCAAGUGAGUGGGAACUUUUCAAUGACUUUAUACAUCUCUUUUUCUUUCCCAGAAUGCCUGAUUGCAUUUUUCUUCACUUCGAGCAAGGAUUGAAAGGAGGGACAUAUGAAGAUCUUGAUUUUGAUGGGGAAUGUGGUCACUAUAGUUUCUCACAGUUAAUUCAGUAUAAAAGAAAUCCAGAUCACUUUGUUUGCUGGACAAAGGACCAUGAAGGUACAAGGCAUUUUAGUUCCAACUCCAUAAGGUGUUCCUUUUACCGUAUUUCUUCACCUAUAAGCUGACCUCGGCUAUAAGCAGAGACCCUAAAAGUUAGAGACCUUCUGACAGACUUGUUUUGUCCAAAAGAAAAAGCAAAACCAUCGGCUAGAAUCCAAGAGCAAAAUUCUUGAUUGUAACCGGCCAUUUGAGUGGGCGAACCUCAAAAAAAAAUUGGGAAAUGGCUCAAUGAACACAAAAGCUAAUGAAUGAGAAUAAACACAAAAAAUAAAAAAGCAAAUCAGUGAAGAUGUAAAUACUACUACGCAAAAUACUACUACGCAACUUUAGAAACACAACAAUACUCUCAGUUACAGUAACCUGACAAACAUUUCGAUUGAGUAUCUCUUUCGUCACUGUUGUUUUUCUCAUCAUGCCAAAAGCAGGCCGCUCUUCUUAUACUAUGGCUUCAAGAUAAAAGUUAUCACAGAAGCUGAAGCUGUAGAAAACAGCUUGGAAAGUGUUCGAGAUUAUGGACUUAGCGAGUCCAUGGUGCGAUGCUGGUGGUCAGAAAUACGUUGUUGUCAUGACAAUUUUAAGCAUGUCACAUAAAGAGCGCUGCAGUCACAGAAUUUAUGGUCAUUUCGCAUUAACAUUAAAUUUGUACUUGUUUUGAAAUCCAAAACCCUCAGCUAUAAGCCAAACCCCAUUUCUUGUGAAAAAAUCUCCCAAACUUUUGUGUCAAUACUGAAAAAAUCACUUGGCUUAUAGGUGAAGAAAUGCGGUAUGUACUGUAAUAUAAUCCACUUUUCAAAGGAAAUAUUGAACUGUGAAUGAACAGUGAUACCCUUUGCAAGUUCUAUACAGCGUGAUUGUGCUGGCUGUCAUUAGAUUCUGCUGUUCCCUUUUGAUUUUUGUUUUUGUUUAAAUUCUUGCAGGGAAAAGAUGGAUGGAAUUAGAUGAUCUAAAAUCACCAAUCUGCAGCUGGAGUUCUUCACCACCAAAUGUUCCUCUGUCAGAAGUGCAUAUUGCAGUUUGGGAAAAAGUGUCAGUUGUUAUCAAUCCACUGAUUCCUCCUCCUAAAUUUAAGGAGAUCAGCAGAACAGAAGUCAAAACUAACCAUAGUGCACAACCUACCCAGGACACAAGAUUUGGAAAGAUAUCCUCAAUGCCAUUGUUAAGUAUUGAUUGCAGUGCAACCUUCGCUCCAUCUCAGGAUAUCAACAAAUCACUUUGUUCAUCACCCCUUAAUUCCCCUGAAUUAUCACCAUCAAGGAGCAGAAUGGCAUUAAAUUUGUCACUCAAAACCAAAAGUGAGCAAUUUGAACCUUACAUUCCCAGGAAAAAGAGACUUGUUACCCAAAGCUCUCCUAACUCUCCUAUAUGUAUUAGUAAUCCAAAGUUGAAUUCCAAUGGGAUUGCGCCACAACCAUUUUUGACAUGGCAAGAAGUCAAAGAACAAAACAAGAAGUUAAGUUUUGAUGAAUUGCAGAGUGACAGUGGAUACUCAAGUCCAGCAUCUGUAAGUUCAUGUGGUAGCCUUGUGAUUUGUCAGUCAAACAAGGAUGUAUCAGUUGAUGAACACCAGGAAGGACCUCAUGAAAAUGGCAAUGAAAAGCAAAAUGUUGCUGGGCAGAACAAUUAUCCAAAUGGCACAAAUCUUGUUUCCAAGAGCCCUGAUUCAUCUUCACUUAGAAGGAGCAGUGAUUUAGUAUGCGAGGUAAAUCCUCUUGACUUGGCAGAUAAACUUGAACAUCUGUUACCAGACUGUUUACUUGAGAAUCCCAGGGAUUGUGAAAAAAAUCCCAGGGAAUUAGCUGAGUGUAGGACAAUAGAUAGUAAGGAAACAAAGUUGGAGAACAUUGCACAACUUUCUGCUCAACAAGAUCAGUUUAUUCUUGACUUGCUGCUUACAUAA